GUCGCAGCCGGUCGCGGCAGGCGGUGGGGAAGGCUGUCCCGGAGACAGGCAGCGUCGCUGCUCCGGCUCCAGCAUGGCGGCGGCCGUACGCGCUGCGGGCUGUCUCCCUGCACUGUGUAGCGUGCCGGCAGGUCAUUUCCUGUCUAGGCAGCUCUCUCUAAACACCUUUCCAGCAGCAGCUUCCUUUUUGGCAGUGAAAACCACUCUCAGCCACGGCUCUUGGUCACCAAGGGGAACAAAAACAAACCACUGUCUGACCAGCUUGAGCCAUGCACUGCAGACACAGUGCUGCGUUUCCUCUCCUGUCAGCUGGAUGGGCCAGCAGAGUAGACCCUACAGCUUCUUCACCAAACUGACAGCAGAAGAACUCUGGAAAGGUGCUUUAGCGGAGACUGGUGCCGGGGCGAGGAAAGGCAGGGGCAAAAGGACAAAGAGGAAGAGGAAGAAGGAUUUGAACAGGGGCCAGAUCAUCGGAGAAGGGCGUUCUGGUUUCCUGUGGCCCGGUCUGAAUGUCCCUGUUAUGAAAAGUGGAGUAGUCCAGACCAUUGGCCAAAGAAGCAGAGAAGAGCAGCAGAAGGUGGAGGCCCACAUGACACAGCAGAGAGAAGAGUGGGAACGGAGGAGGAAGAUAAAAGUCAAACGGGCGCGCGGGUGGAGCGGAAGCUCAUGGGGAGGUGUCAGUAUCGGCCCCCCAGACCCAGGACCCAACGGAGAAACGUAUGAAGACUUUGAUACCAGGAUUCUUGAGGUAAGAAAUGUUUUCAAUAUGACCGCAAAAGAGGGAAGAAAGAAGUCGGUCCGUGUCCUGGUUGCUGUGGGGAAUGGAAAUGGUGCUGCAGGUUUUGCUGUUGGGAAAGCUGCUGACCGGGCAGAUGCUUUCAGAAAGGCAAAGAACAGAGCAAUUCAUUAUUUGCAUUAUAUAGAACUAUACGAAGGCCAUACAAUAUUCCAUGAUAUUUCACUAAGAUUUAAGAGGACGCAGAUCAGGAUGAAGAGACAACCCAGAGGUUAUGGCCUCCGCUGCCACAGGGCCAUUAUCACCAUCUGCCGCCUCAUUGGCAUCAAGGACAUGUAUGCAAGGGUCACUGGGUCUAUGAACAUGACCAACCUCACCCGGGGCCUCUUCCAUGGGCUUGCUCGCCAGGAAACUCACCAACAUCUGGCCGAUAAGAAGGGUCUCCACGUGGUGGAGUUCCGGGAGGAAUGUGGCCCUCUGCCUAUUCUGGUAGCCUCCCCGCAGGGGGCCUUGAGUAAGGAGCCGGAGCCAGAGCCCGAGGUUCCUGACGUCAAACUGGACUGGCAAGAAAUAAAGGCCAUGCAGGGGAUGAAGCGCUCUGUGUGGUCUGGUUUAAAGAGAUCUGCCACCUGAAUGUCCCCAGCCUGGUCCAGCCAGUGCUUGGUGCUGGCCAGCACCUGGAAGAGACUCUACCCUACAAUUUGAUGUAUUGCCUUUCUUUUUCUUUCUUUUUUUUUUUUUUUUUAAAAGAGAGUC